AGAACUUUAGCGCGGGAAAAUUACGGGGUGAAGUAGAAGGUGCGUACCAAUGGAGAAGAGCAGCAAAAUGGAAUUCCCAGCGUUCCCCUACAGGCCGUACUCCAUUCAGCUUGAUUUCAUGAGAUUUCUUUACGAAUCACUCGAUCGAGGAGGCGUAUCGAUGCUCGAGAGCCCCACUGGGACUGGAAAAACCCUAAGCAUUAUAUGUAGUGCACUGCAAUGGCUCGUCGAUAGAAAGAACAGGAAGGACGGUGAACUUGAGAGGUUGAAGAAUGGUGCGAAUGAGAUACUGAAUGUGGGUAAAGAGGCUGACGAUGAGCCGGAUUGGAUGAGAAAUUUUGUACCGAAUAAAGAACAGGAUGAUUCAGCUGGUAGUAAGCAUCUAACUGAUAAGACAAAAACGGGGUUUCUUAGGAAGAAGAGAAAGAAGAAUAUUACGGAUUUACAUAGAUCUAUAGAAGAAGAAGAAGGAGCAAAUAAUGAAAAUAGUAGCAACAAGGUGAUGAAAAAUGUGAAUGCUGAAGUUGAUGAGGUGGAAGACAAGGAGUUUUUAUUAGAGGAUUAUGACAGUGAAGCGGAAAAUGGUGGAAAAUCAAGGAGUAAAAGUUCUGGAGUGGAUGAUGUUUUGUCAAGCGAGGAGGAAGAGAAGAUGGAUGAAUUGGAGGAGGAGGAGGCGCGGCUGAAGAUCUAUUUCUGUAGUCGGACACAUUCCCAGCUAUCGCAGUUCAUGAAAGAGCUAAGGAAGACUAAAUUUGCUAGUGAGUUGAAGGUUGUGUGCCUGGGUUCUAGAAAGAAUUUUUGCAUCAAUGAAGAUGUGCUGAAGCUGAGAAGUUCCAUUCGUAUAAAUGAAAAGUGUAUUGAACUUCAAAAGAAUAUGAAAGAGAGGGCUUCUAAGAUGAAGAAGUUGGGCACGGGCAAAAGUGUACACUGUAACAAGGCUUCCUCUGGAUGUCCAAUGUUAGGAAGAAGAAAAAUAGAAGAGUUCAGAAAUGAGAUUAUUCGCCUGGAAGCUCUAGAUAUUGAAGAUCUUGUUCGUGUUGGGCAUGAAGUGGGGAGUUGCCCUUAUUAUGGUUCAAGAAGGAUGAUGCCUGCAGCUGAUCUUGUGGUUCUUCCUUACCAGUCACUUCUUUCAAAAUCAUCCCGUGAAUCGUUGGGUCUGAAUUUAAACGAUAGUGUUAUUAUUAUCGACGAAGCACACAAUCUAGCUGAUACUCUCAUCAGUAUGUACGAUGCAAAAAUUACAAUGCCUCAGCUGAACAAGUUGAAUUCUCACUUAGAUGGGUAUUUCAAGCGAUUUCGUAACCUCUUAGGGCCAGGAAACAGGAGGUAUAUUCAGACUUUGAUGGUUCUUGUCCGGGCUUUUUUGCAAAUGUUGAGCAACAACAGUCUCCCUUGCGAUGCUGGUGAUAUUAAAAGUUCCUCUGUAUCUACAAUGACCAUCAAUGAGUUUUUAUUUGCUCUAAACAUUGAUAACAUAAACCUGGUCAAGCUGUUACAAUACAUGAAAGACAGCAACAUAAUACAUAAGGUCAGUGGUUAUGGAGAUAAAAUUGCCAUCUCUCCAAAAGUUGUCAUCGACAAUGAAGUGUUUAAUGAGGAGGAAAGUGCGUUGUCCAGUUUCAGGGCAUUAGCUGAUAUGUUUUCAUCUUUGAUUAACAAUGACAAAGAUGGAAAAAUAAUAGUCUCCCGACCAACACUGACAUAUGAUGGUCUAGAAGGAGGAUCUAUAAAGUAUGUCAUGCUUACUGGAGAGAAAAUCUUUUCUGAGGUUGCCGAUCAAGCGCAUGCUGUAAUCUUGGCUGGAGGAACUUUACAACCUAUAGAGGAAACAAAAGAAAGACUCUUUACAUCACCGAAGCUAAAUCAGUUGCACUUCUUUUCAUGUGGUCAUGUAAUCCCAUCGGAGAACAUUUUGCCAGUUGUUGUUAAGCAAGGUCCUUCUGGCCAGCAAUUUGAUUUUAGCUUCAAAGCCAGAACCUCUUCAACCAUGGUUGAGGAGCUAGGUCUUCUCCUUUGUAAUCUAGUCACAGUUGUUCCGGAAGGUGUGGUUGUAUUUUUCUCAUCAUUUGAUUAUGAAAGCCAUGCAUAUGAUGCCUGGAAGACAUCUGGACUUCUUUCAAGGAUUAUGAAGAAGAAACACAUAUAUAGAGAGCCGAGAAAAAGUUCGGAUGUGGAAGCUAUCUUGAGAGAAUACAAAGAAACAAUUGAUGCAACAUCCAUUAAUAAUUCAUCAUCUCUUAAUGGUGCAAUUCUCCUUGCUGUUGUUGGGGGGAAGGUAUCUGAAGGUAUUAAUUUCAGUGACGGGGCAGGUCGAUGUAUAGUAAUGGUUGGAUUGCCCUAUCCUAGCCCCUCGGACGUUGAGUUAAUUGAGCGGGUGAAACACAUUGAGGGUCUUGAGAAGACAAACCUUGGCAAAAACCUUAACACUUCCAUCCAUGGUGAUGUUCAGACAGGGCUUCACAUUCUCAAAAGCUGUACAGGCAGGGGCAAAGAUUACUACGAAAAUCUUUGCAUGAAGGCUGUGAAUCAAUCCAUUGGCAGAGCAAUUCGACAUGUAAAUGAUUAUUCGGCUAUCUUGUUGGUUGAUGCGCGCUAUGCUCCCGGAUCGACAAAAGCAGGCUUCUCCCACUCAACCAACAAGCUACCGCAAUGGAUCAAAGAAAGGCUCGUAAGUACAGCCACCAAUUAUGGAGAAGUUCAUCGAUUGUUGCAUCAGUUCUUCAAAUUACACAAGGGAAAAGUUAACAAUUAGUAAAGACUUCAGCCGCAAGGCUGGAUACUACACAGAAAAAGCAGAUGACCGGUACAUUGUAUAGCUCCCGUCUUUCUUGCCUACAUUAACAACAUUCAAAGCUCACAUUUAGCCUAAUCUCAAUUAUCUGAAUUAGCAGAAUCAUCCUAGUGAGUUGGUUACACUUUUAUGAAUACAUCAAUUUAUAUAUCGUACGUUAUAGCUGCUUUCUGUCCAUAUAUAUAUCUGGAUAAAACACACUUUUCUGUCGUUUUCGCUCCUUCAUAUGACUGUGUGAGGCCAAAGAGAACAGGUCCCCAAGUUUCUAUUACUCCUUCCAAUAAUUAGUAAUUUGGUUGGUUUGUGUUUGAAAUUAAAUUUUGGUUUAAAUAGUAUUUUGAUAUGACUUUAGGGAGAAUAAAUAGUUAUUUUUAUUGGGAACUCUGAGGAUUGAACAGUGUAGUUUUGGGUUUGAAAUGCAAAAUAAACACAUAAAAAAAGCAGAGGUAAGAAUAUGCCUAGUUUUUCAUCCUUCUCAUUAUAAAUAUAAAAGCUCCUCCAUUUUUCACACAUAUUUCUUUUUAGGUCAAAAUUUGGCUAAAGAACC